AAAUGGUCACUUAAUGACUCAUCGUGACAAAAAACCAUACGAGUGUAACGUUGACAGCUGCCAGAAGAGUUACUGUGAUGCACGCUCUCUACGACGCCACCUGGAGAAUCACCACAAUCAGUCGCCCGAGCAGAUCCAGACGGCCAUCGCAGCAGUGGCCUCUAAUGCGACAGCCAUAAUAGCCGCUGCUGCAGCCUCCAACACAGCUUCACUCAGAGCCACUACCACAGAAACACAAAGCAUGCCCUCAACCUUAUCAGUGAUAUCUGGAGCAAGUAACAGCCACUCCUCUCAGGACGGCAAUGGCUGUUCCAGUCAGUAUUCCACCCCCCAGUACAGUAACAACUCCACCCCAAUGACCAGUCCCUCAUACAGCAACAGUGGUAACCCUCAACAGCAGACAGCAUUCUUCCAGUUUGACCAAGUGCCGUUGUCUGCACAGACUUCUCAUGACAUUAUAUUGCAGCAGCCUCACCUCACAGAUGAUUCUCAGCGUCCCCAGCAGAUCACCAUCCAGCCCCGUGUAGUGGCACAGCACCAGUCUUCGGGGCUCCCAGAGGGGCUGCCAGUCGACUCUCAACAGGUGCAGCAUUGGCAAGAACGGGUUCAACAUAUCCUUACUGCAGCAGCAAACCAAGCUGGGACAGAGCAACAGUCCAAUUCUCACAGUCCACAGGGUACCAUCGAGGACCAGUCGCCGAGCUAUCUCCAGCAGGUCAGCCCCAUCAGCCCUGUGAUGAGCCACCCAGGGCCUACCAGUCCCCAGCGCAUCUGGUCUUCAAACCCUCUCACCCCCAACACCAUCACCAACGACAAAAUCAACGG